GCAGCAGAGCCAGUGUUGACAGUGCUAAGGCUGAGCUAAUCGCACCAGCAGCAGCAACAACACAGAACAGGCUGGCAGAGAGCAGCACAAUAGAAAGCCAGAGAACGCCUUGUUGACACGCAGAGGACUGAGGGAGUGAUUAUCAAUCAAGCUGAUGGCACAUACAGAGAGACGAUCCGGCUAGCGUGAAGUCCUGAUGCACAAGAGCUGAGAGAAGACUCACGUCACUGAAGCACCACCCACAUACCGGAAGGAGAGAAUCUGCAGCUUGAGCGGAAGAAGCAAGCAAGCCGGAAAGACCCGAAGGAGACAACUGCUCCCGUCCGCCGCUCCGGAAAGUGCCGAGAAAACCCGGAAGAAGCAAGAAGUGUCGGAAGAUCUGAACAGCGGGACAUCUUGCGGGACAGGCAGUUGUUUCUAGACCCCACAGCAAAGUUAUUUGAGGGCCCCCUAAACCUAAUGAGCAAGACAAGGAAAGUUAAAAUCGCUGCGUGUACUAAAGGUUAGAAAUCCCCACUGCUCCAGGCUGGUGCAUGUGCAGUAGAGUGAAUUGCCAGCUUUUUGCUCAAGUUCAGCUUUUUUAACUCUACUGCAUAUGCAUACCCAACAAAAAGAAGGAAAAAGAGGAGAAGGUUGCAAAGCACUGUUCUACAGAACUACCCCAGCUUGGUGCAGUUUUCAUCUAACAGAGGUACCAGCUUGAAGUAUCGGUUAAGGUGCUUCUAUCAUAGUCCGGGGCUGUGAACUCCAUAAAGUCUGUGAAGUAGACCUGAAAGCUGAAGUACCAUUGGUUUGAUGGAUUGUGGAGAUGGUGUGAAGACUGACCUGAGUGUUCAUGAAUGAGCUGUGAGGGACUCAUGAAAAUCAAUGUCUUGUUUGGAUUGCAUUUGCCUGAGACGGACUCCUGUAAAAUCAAUAAACCAGGAUAAAGAGUCAACCUCCAGCAUUUCCACACACUGGGUAGGGGACCUGCCUCGUUGUUGGAUUCCUCCUUCCCCAGGAGGGCAUGAAUUGCCAGUACGUACCUGCGAAGCCUCCAGCUAUGAACUCCAAACAGAACUUGGAAAAGGAUUCUGCAAUUUAACUACAGUGUACCUUGCUCGACACACUCCAACAGGAACACUAGUUACUGUGCGACUGACAGAUUUAGACAACUGUACAGAUGAACAUCUCAAUAUAUUACAGAAUGAGAUGGUUAUGUCACCAUUUUUUCGACAUCCCAAUAUCAUGGUGUCUUGGAAAAUUUUCACCACAGGGGCUUUCCUUUGGAUCAUCAGUCCUUUCAUGGCUUAUGGUUCAGCUAAUAGCCUCCUAAAGAACUAUUACCCUGAAGGAAUGAAUGAAGCUCUAAUAGGGAGCAUUUUGUAUGGAGCAUUAAAAGCACUACAUUAUCUGCACCAAAAUGGAUAUAUCCACAGAAAUGUGAAGGCGAGCCACAUCCUUAUAUCAGAAGAGGGUCUUGUAUCUCUUUCUGGCCUAAGUCAUUUGUAUUGUAUGGUGAGAAAUGGUGAGAAAGCAAAGGUGGCAUAUGAUUUUCCAAAUUUCAGCACUGCAAUGCUCCCUUGGUUUAGUCCUGAACUACUGAGGCAGGACCUUUAUGGAUACAAUGUGAAGUCCGACAUCUACAGUAUUGGCAUCACUGCCUGUGAAUUAGCCACUGGACGUGUACCAUUUAUGGACAUGCUCCGGACCCAGAUGCUGCUACAAAAACUGAAAGGUCUACCCCACAGUCCACUGUAUAGUACCACUUUCUCCUGUGAAGGAUCGCCAAUGAAGAAUUCAAGGUCUGGAAUGGAUUCAGGAAUUGGGGAAAGUGUUGUUGCCGCAGGUAUGACACAAACAAUGACCAGUGAAAGGCUGAGAACACCGUCCCCCAAAACAUUUUCAUCUGAUCUUCAAAAUUUAGUAGAACUUUGCCUGCAACAGGAUCCUGAGAAGAGGCCUUCAGCUGGAAAUUUGUUGUCUCAUGCAUUCUUUAACCCGGUAAGAGAACAGACGCAUGGAUCCAUCCUUUCACUACUGCCAUCUUUGGCUCGACAUAGAAAGCAAUGCUCUGCUGUGCCAUGUCUCACAAACUUGAACAAGCUGUUGCACACAAAUCAAGACAAAGAAUGGACAUUUGAUUAAUAAUAUGCUUACUACUACAAAGAUUUCAUCUUUAUCUUUUAUUUUAGCCAUGUGUAUCAAAACUGCAAACUGUGACCAGCCUGAACAGUAAACUGCAUAUAUAUUUAUAUUUAUAAAUAUCAGCCAUUUAAACUUGUGUUGUGCAUAACAAAGGCAUACUGUGAAUAUUUAGAAAUUGCACUUGCAACCUGUAGAAAAAGCAGAGUUGUCCUUAUUAGACACUCAUUAUAGAAUUCUCAUCUUUAAUGCACACACACAACUUCUUUCUCCCUGCAUAGUAGCUUUACCCUAUUCCUACAUCUCUAUACAAGUAAAGUCUAUUUUGUAAUAGUUAUCUAUUUUUUCCAACCCAGUAGCUUUUUCAAAUACUGUAUAGUAAAUAUAUCCUGCUUUAUAUAUAUAUAUAUUAGAAAUAUAAGCAUAACAUCCGACCAUACUAGACAUAUUAAAGUGGACAACCGAUUAUAUAUUCAAAAAGUUAAGUAUAAAAAGCCAGCAUAAUUUUCUUUUCCUCGGUACGCUGUUGCACUAUUGUUUGUAACAAUAGCCGCCACAAAUAAUACAGAAAAAGAGAUCCAAGGACAUUGUUACUUUUAGAGUCUCUUUCUUGUAGAAUGUAUCAAUUUCUUUCAGGUCUUCCCAGAAAAAUAUAUCUGUUGGAUUCAGAUGUGUGACAUAAACCUCGGUCACAAGGAUGAGGUGUUAAUUCUCUGGGUUUGACAACUCAUAAUUAUGUCAGGUAAUGAAGGAGAAUUGUACACUCAAUAACAGUACUAUAGAGUGUAUCCUGUAGGGAUAUUUAUAAUUGCAUGAUAUGUGAUGUUGAUUUAUGCCAGCCUUGCUACUUUGUGACCAAUUAUUUUGACUUCAGUUUCAUAAUUCAACAAAGUCCCUUGUAAUAUUUGUAUUUCUUUUUUAAUUCUUUGCUGCUGUCAUCCGGCUUUUCUUAAGCAGUGACACAAUGCUUCCACAAUUUCAUGCAAACCAUCUUCUGUGGUUCUGAUAUAUAGAACUUCCUAUAGUGCCAGCGUCUGUAGUUCAUGUAACUUACAUAUGCUGAGAUGUAACCGUUUGUUACUACCCACAGUAAUGCUACAAGGCAUACUCGGGAAUGUUACAUUAUUCCAGUCUGAGUAAAUUUGUUAAAUGUUGCCUACAGGCUCUGUGAAAAGAUUU